UCGUUCCUUCGCGUUUGUAUCUGUUGUUGUUUUGAUGAAGACAGGAGCAGGAGGAGAAGGAGGAGGAGAGAGUUUAGAGUGGGAGGCUAAGAAGUCAAAGAUGCAGUCAGAUGCGAUGUUUUUUGUGAAAGUAAGGGAAGAAGCGUCCAUUUCUGUCCUGGACAGGCUUAGUGUCGCCUGCUGGGGCCGCGUCCCACCGGACAUUCUGGACCAUGACCUUGGACCACAAACUCAUGGAGGAAACGGUCAAUCACGUGGAGGAUCUGACAGACGGCAAUGAAGACGUCAAGAACACGGAUGUUGCAGUGUUUGGUGAUAACAAUGUGGAGUCGGAGCAACGCGCUUCAUCCUUCACUCCCAUUGAAGUGCAGGGAGACUUUGUAGUCCGGCUACAGGAUGGUCCGCGUAGGAGAACCGCCUCAGUGAAGCCUCCGUACUCUUACAUCGCCCUGAUCACCAUGGCUAUCCUCCAGAGCCCGAAAAAGAGACUCACCCUCAGUGAGAUAUGUGAUUUUAUCAUGCAGCGCUUCGCAUAUUACCGGGAAAAGUUCCCAGCGUGGCAAAACUCGAUCCGUCACAAUUUGUCUUUGAAUGACUGCUUUGUCAAAAUACCACGGGAGCCGGGGAAUCCAGGCAAGGGGAAUUAUUGGACUCUGGAUCCUAUGUCGGCAGAUAUGUUCGAAAACGGGAGUUUUCUUCGUAGAAGAAAGCGCUUUAAGAGGAAACGUUUCUAUUUGGGAACGCCGAAGGACUCCAGUGCGCAGGAGCGCAGUCUGAUUCCCGUCUUUCCUCUCCUCGGAGCGCACGGGGUGGGUUCGAGUCUCUACGGUCCAGAUUUAUUCCGCGAUCUAGACAUUGAAAGUCACGUUAGGAGCCACAUGAGCCCCAGGAUCCCACCUGUAAGCAGCAUUAUACCUGCGCUCUCCUCGCUUCUCUCCAAGAAUUUCCCUUCUUGUCAAACUUUUCAACAUUUCGACCCAGAACGCUGCGCCGCUGCCCCAUCUUUGACUCCUAACACCCAUUUCAUGGCUCCUGCCACGCUCCACGGAGUGAUUCCCAACUACCAUGUUACUCAACUGUCAAUUUUCCCCACUGGGAUCAUGAAUUAAACUUCUUUAAUGUAAUCUAAUGAUGCUCGCCUGUCCUAAGCUCAUCUUCCAUCUAUGCCUUACCACAAACUCACGGUAUAAGUUCAAUAAAAUACCUAAUAAAAUGUAAACGUUGUGUUUAGCAUUUUAUUUGACUGAUCAGCGUAGGAUGAUUUUAACAGCUUCAUACAUUUUAUGAUGUUUGUGUAAUCUGAAUUAAACCUCACCUAAUAUGCCUCAUAUUACGAGACAAUCAAAAAUACUAUCGCUGCUUUAUGACCCUAGAAAAAUAUAUAAUAAUAACAAUAUAUAUUUAAAAUGCUAAUAAAUGCUUUUAAAUUGUUUCACUGUAAAUUGUUUCCACGUAUGUAUGCUAGGAUGAAACAAAACAAUCAACAACUAAUUACAAUGCAUAAUAAUUGUUAAAUGUAAUCAAUGUCGUGAAUAGAGCUACAUUAGACAGUGCAGCUUUAACUUGACCUACUGGCAUGCAAGAUAAAUUGUGGAGCAAAUGAGCUUUAGGUAAUAAUAAUAAUAAUAAUAUUAAUAAUAAUAAUAAUAAUAAUAAUAAUAAUAAUAAUAAUAAUAAAAAUUACUCGAAACAAAUAAAUCUAAAACUACAACUCUUGGUAAAUGUUCACUGGCUCAAACGAACUGACUCGUCACUGCCUUGAAAAAGAAAUGGAAACUCUGCGUUUUAAAAUUUUGCUCUUCGUAAUUGAUAUUGAUAUAGACAGUAGAUGCGCAGGCUUCCUCUGACCUUCAAUGGUUUACUGAGUAUCCUUUUGAGUUCGGCCUAUGCGUGAGAUCCUCCUCGUCAUGAACAGCCAACAGAACAGCCUUCAGAAAACACACGGUCUAGUCAGCCUCUGCAGCCUGAACGAGUUUGCUCUGCGCACUUUGGCCACGAAUAUGAAACAGAGCACAUCUGGACGUGAAACGUUGUUAUAAAUUCAAUCGGAUGUCCCUGUUGCUGUUGUGUGCAAGGAGAAGGCAGCAAUGCAUCUUGUUUUAAAGAGGCAGGAUUCGGAAAAUACGCAAACCUAAGCAGCAUAAUGUUAUGCAUCAUUUAAAGGUAACAUCAAUAACAGCAGUAUGUGCAAAAUGUGUCUUUAAUGUGGACAAGCUUUUAAAUAUUGAAGCCACAAGCGGAGUUAAGCUUUUACUUCAUGAAAUGUGUUUACGAUUCAUUAAAAGGAAAAGUUUAUAUGAUUUUCAGAAAAUGGUUACAAGCAAAAUGUAUAACAAUUAUCACUUGUUUUUUUUUUUUCAUCAAAGUUUUGCUAAAUACCCUUUGAUAUUCUAAAUCGUGUGAAUGUACAAUGUGUCUGCCCUUAAAGUUCCAUGUUCCAUGUGUUUCGUGUUUUGACAAUUACCCAAUAUAGACAACUAAGCAUUGGACAGUAUGUGCUGCUCAUGAAUUUUGCACUUUGUCCAUUAUAGGAACACCAGCUAAAUGCAUGUCUCUCCAAGGACUAUUGGUGUAAGUGUGAUGAGGGUCAUGGUAGGCCUUCAACAGCAGUCUCCCACCUAAGUAACCCCUCAGUGAGCCAUUUGCUUUUCUUGGCAUACUAACUCACAUUUUGUGAGUUUUAUUUAAUUGUAGCACACAUGCAUAGAAUAAAAAAAGUCUGUGUAUCACCAGGGAACGUGGUGCAUUAAAGCAAGUUAGUGAAGUGUGAGUCAAAGCCCCUGAGACGGUAUUGUAGCAUUCACAAUGUGACAGGAAAUAUGGAGGAGAGAGUUUAUUGGAAUAACAUCUCCAGUCAUAAAGCCUGGAAUAGACAUGAUUUAGAAAUAUAGCAGCAGAGCAAUGAGCUCAGACAUUAUGCACAUAUCUGUACAGACGGAGUAAGAAAAGUCAAAUGUUGACUGAAUUUAGCAAUAAAAAGUUUUCAUUCUGUCAUACCA